CUAUGUUUAAUGAUCACGUGAAAUUUAAUCAUCCGUAACGAAUUUAAAACAAGUGUUUGUUGGUGGUUACGUUCAUUUGGUAAAAUAUAUCGUGGGUGUUGGACGUAUUUCGCUAUAGAAUAUAACCUAAGAUUCCAAGAAAUUGUUGCUCGGAGUGAAAAGCUAAUACGAUGGCAAAUAAAGCAACGAUAUAUCCUGGGGAAAUGUUGCUCUACCCUUCUCUAUACGGACCUGAAGAAUACGCGAUAUGCGUGUUAGCAUGUUUCAUUGGGUUUGUGAUGAUAAAACACUUGAUAUUUCACACUGGGUACUUCUGGUGGUAUUCUUAUGGGCGGUUUUAUAUCCCUGAUACUUUCUGGACCACUGUAACAGGCAAACCGUUGUCAAAGCGGUUGUUGAACUACGUGCACAAUAGAUUUCCAAACGAGCAAGAGAAAAAGAUCAAUAUUGAAGAAAUGUUGAAUGUGGUUGACGAUUAUUUCAAAACUAAAGAGUUUGGACCUAGCUUAAGCAAUACUAAAGGCAAAAUAAUCGAUGGCAUUGUAUCAUCCCACAUGCCUAAGUCAGUGUUAGUGGUUGGUUGUCAUGCGGGCUACGUCUUGUUGCGAAUCAUGCGAAACUUACCUCGAAGUAGCAAAGUAAUUGUUAUUGAGCCGUGUAAGCAAAACAUGGAAGCUGCAAGAUCGCUUGUUAAGAUGGUGGGAAUGGAUGAACAGGUUACAUUUAUAGCAAGUGAAGCAAGUUCAGUCAUCCCAAACCUCGCCCUGGAUUAUGGGGUCGAUAAGUUUGACUUUAUAUUUCUGAACCGAACUAAACAUAACGAACCUUCACACUUGCCUUUGCUGAAGUUACUUGAAGGGGAGGGCAACAAAGGUGAGAGCUACAUGCAUUCCGCUGCAGAUUCGGCCGGCGACUCAAAACCACAGACCGUUAUAAUUGCAGACAAAGUUGUCCUUUUGGGCGACCCAGAUUAUUUGAAAUAUGUUCGUGAUUCAAAUAAUUACGAAACACAAUAUUUCCAAAUGUCCUUGGAGCAUACAAGUGAAGAAAUAGUGGAUGGGAUGGAAAAAGCGACAUUUUUAGGAUAAAAAUAAUUUGUUUUGUUUCCACCACACAUAACGUAAUAUUAGAAAAGCUGUUUUGUUGAAAAUGUUAACAUUAUUAUGUUCAAUUUUGUUAGUAAACAAAAUGUGUUUUUUUUAUUGGUGAAAAAAUUAUUAUUUUUAUUACUUUACAGGUAUUUCUUAUAAACACUUUGCUUAACAAUGUAUUUAACAUGUUAGUAAGCUUAUACGUUUUAUUAUAUGAGUUAAAUAAAUGGUAAAAACUACUCUUAAA